GAUUAUUAACUAAUUGUUUCUUGUAUGAGAAGUAGUUUAAUUGUUCUAGCAUUAGAAGAAUAUUUUUUUACCUUAUUAGAGAAAGAAAAAAAUUAGUUUUACAUCUAUAAAUAUGUACUUCUGUGUUUUACACAUGAAGAAGUAUAAAUUAGUUAUUUCAGUUCACUCCUUGUUGUUUCACUUUGGGUGCAAUCGUAUCUAGGGGUGGUAAACGGUAAUCCGGUAAAUGGCGGUAAACGGUACCGGCGGUAUCGGCAGUCGAGCGGGAAGUUGGGGGAGUCGGUUUACCGGACACGGUAUCGGUAAAUACCGACGGUAAAUCGGUAUUACCGAUACCGAAUCCCCCCUUCCUACUCCCUAGUGCUAUGCUGCGUUUUGGCGCUUUACCCCCAAAAAUAUAAAAUAUUACAUACAUGAAUGUAAGUAUAGGCCUCAAAAAUAUUGUAAAUAAGAGUUAAUAAUAAAUUAUUAAUUACAAAAAUGAUGAAAAAAAACUCAAAAAAAUCAAAAUAUUACAACAUCACCCCACUUCCAGAAAUUCGGUUCGGUAAACCGACCGAAAAACUGCCCGAAAUUGCUUCUCACUAUAUUUCGGUAAUACCGGUUUGUAACCGUUUACCGGUAAUUCGGUAAUCGGUAAACCGGUUACAAACCGGUAUCGGUAAUCGGUAACCAGUUUGGCCAAUUUCGGUAUACCAAAACCGGUAAAUUCGGUAAACGAUAAAUUGUUUACCGACCGAAUCCCACCCCUACUCGUAUCUUCUACUUAUUCAUCGCCAUAAUAUUAGUGACAAGUCUUUGUUCGUUUAGCUUUAGGUCUUCUAUUUCUUUUCAUAUUUGUACAUUGUAAUUGAGAAUGGAUCAGGUCAGUAAGCUUAUGGUGAGUAACUAUGAGUAAUCCGUUCACAUCAGCAUCCUUCUCUCUCCUGGAAAGUCUUUAAUUUCCCCUCAUUGAUCUUUGACGGACGAUUUCUCACUCGUUUUAAGUCGAAAAUUAAUUUUUUUGCACAGUUAGAUAAGAUUAAUUGUGCUCUUCAAAAUGAUAUCCACUUUGAUAUAUUUUUCGAACAAAAAAAAUUGAGUCAUUUUUUACCAGUCUAUACCAUAUGGUAUUGACUCGUAUUGAAAUAAGAGCUUACCUAUGGUUUGAAAAGCGUACCAUGGUGGUAUGAACAAACCAAGACUGUAGGAUGGUUGAAUACAUGAUAGUAGACUAAUAUUAACUGUCAUUCAUGACUUUUAACAUUGUGUACCACAAGAUACCACCCCGUACUAGGGUGGUAUUGUAUGAUAUUGUGUGGUAUUUUUUGGUCCUGUAAUUUGUUCACCCAGAAAUUUUUAGAUCCAAUAGAUCAUGAUGAACUCGUUCCUUCUGUGCAAACGUUUUCAAAAACGAAUUAAAAACGAAGAAGAUACCAUAUAUUAUGCAGUUAGUACCGAGAGGCAAUAAUUUUUUUUUCCUAAAAAAAUAUUGAAAAUGGGUCUCAUUUUGUAGAGCACAACGAAAUCGUUCUAUCUGUGCAAAAAAAAUUAAAAUCCGAGUUAAAACGAAGAAGAUAUGAGUCGAUUAAAAAAGUUAGGGAAAAUAAAAAUGACCAUUAAUUCCCCAUCCUUAGAUCUGGAUUUUCUAAAAGAAGGGUCCAUAUUUAGUUAUUGAUAGUUGCAUAACCAUGGGUUAUGCACCCUAUCUUGAGCCUUGCAGUCGUUUGGGUAUAAAUCAAGGUUGUCAACCCGCUGGUUGACCCGGACCCGGUCGAGCUAGUGGGUCAAGGGUUAACGGGUCACCCUUUUUAUCCCGUUUUAACCCGGAAAUAUGGAAAGAGUCAUUAUAUUGUACUUAUCCUGAUAAAUUAGAUCAAAUCUCAUCUAAAAUAUAAGUAAUAACAUUAUACCAAAGUAACAUGUCGUACUUAUAUCCAACAUAUAGUAAAAAUUCACACACAUUUACAUAACAUCAAUGUUCAAAUGUUCAAUUAAGGAUUCCAAAGAUUGAGUUAGGCGAAAAGAAAAAUCGGAAAAUAAGCGCAUUUCGCAAACCAAAGAAAAAAAUGACACAAUUUGACCUCCUACCCGAUACCUUGUAGCGGUCGACCCAUUUUUCUCACCGGGUCAGGAUCAAAGUGAGUCGACCUGCGGGUUGACAACCUUUAUAUAAAUAUAACCUCGUCAUCACGAUUCACGGUUGAUAACCUCACACAUAAAACCUCAAUAGAAAUCACUAAACAGCCAAAACAAAAUUAAGAAAAAAAAUGGAUCCAGAAGUUGGAAACAGAACCAUCACCCUCCGGCGACUGAAAGUCUCCGACGUGGAAGAUUUCAUGGUAUGGGACGGAGACGAGAGAGUGACGAAAUUCUGCGACGGGGAGCCCUGCACAAGCAGAGAAGAAGCCAUCUAUUUCAUCAACAGCUGGUCGUCCCUCACCCGUGGCACAGGGCAAUCUCUCUCGACGGCAAGCCGAUUGGUACGAUCACGAUGCGCAGGGGUUCCUAAGAAAUAGAAGGAGAAGAAAGAGAAACGAGCUACUAGGUUAAGCAGCUAUGAAUUGGAGGGGAAAAACUCAGAGAGAGCAGUGUGCUUCUCUGUUGCUAUUUAAACAAACAGAAUUCAUCUAUAGUAAAAGUUGAAAGGAAGUUAAACUGUAAAUUAAAUAAAUUACUGUGUGCCUAACAGGUGGCACUAACUGAAUGACCAUUGACUAACGGCUAGUAGGAAACGGAAAACAAGCAAAUGACAUCGGUUCAGUCUUCUGUAACUUUCAUCUUCAUCUUCCUUUCCCUUUCACUCUUAAGCUAUGCUUCUUCUCUACAAUCAUCUUGAAUCUGCUCUAAUACGCCCCCACAAGUUGGCGAGUGCAUAUCCAAAACUCCCAACUUGCUAAGUAAAAACUUCAACCUGUAUCUUGUCAUACCUUUGGUAAAGAGAUCAACUAACUGAUCAUCUGUUCUGACAUGUUCCAACUUGAUCAACCCAGACUUCAGCCCUUCCCUUGUAAUGUGACAGUUUAUUUCAAUGUGUUUCGUUUUCUCAUGAAAUACAGGAUUUUCAGCUAUGUGGAUAGCUGAUUUGUUGUCACAGUAAACCUGAAUAGGUAAGGGAAUCUUCACACCCAUUUCUGCAAGUAAAUCUCUUAGCCACUGCAAUUCACAAACCAAGUGUGCCAAAGUCCUAUACUCAGCCUCAGAGGAUGAUCUAGAAAAAUGCUUUGUUUCUUAGACUUCCAGGUUAUCAAACUAUCUCCAAACAAAUUACAAUAACCUGUAAUUGACCUUCUUGUAUCAGGGCAACUUGCCCAAUCAGAAUCUGAAAAACCACUCAACUUCAAUUUUGAAUUAGCUUUAGGGGUCGUUUGGAUGGGCCAAUUACCCAACGAGUCAAUUUGACAAAAAGACUCAUUUGAGAAAUGAUUAAUAUUGACCCUGAGAUAUUCUGCCGAGAUUGCCUUGUUUGGUUAGGUUUCUGUAAUGUAGGCAAUUCUUCUUUGUCUUAUUUGGAGAGAAAUUGAAACUACCAAAUUGUCCUUCUUUUUGAUUAUUUUAUUCUUUUCUUCUCCUUAGUCGUGACCCAUCUCCACAAAAAAAAAACCCAACUAUUAUCAUUCCCAUUUUGUCUCUCCCUCCCCCAUUCCACUAAACAGAACAAUCCCUAAAGUAGGAGAUUGAAGAAAAGAGAUCGAAGAAACCAUAGAAGAGCUUCUGUUAUCUUUUCCAUUGUCGAUCUCCACCUUGCUGGCCGCUGGGUCCUGCAAGAGGCUAUCUUUUCUGAAAUGGCCGCCGGCUUCUUCAUCGAUGAUUUGACGGAUGAAGGGGUAUACUGCGAGUGUGGAUUGGAAGCUGUAGUGAGAACUUCCAGAACUUCCGACAACCCUAAUCGCAUAUUCUGGUCUUGCUCUCUUUACCACUCAAAGGUAACCUGUUUACAACUCAUAUAGUGUUGUUAUAGAAUUUCUUGAACGCAAGGAGCUUGAGAAUGUGGAGUUUUCCUUGGCCAUUUGGGUGUUCAAAUCAAUAGUUCUUAUAUGU